GGUUGAGCCUGGAGCUUUGCGACAAGUUCAAGAGCCGAUGUAGUGAAGACUCACCUCACAGGCCCUGACAACAAUCGCGAACACUACAUACUACUCCUGGGAAGCAAUGGAGCCCUACAGACUCACGGCGUCAGAGGUACUUUCCAAAGUCAAGGGCGGCUCUUUGACUGUGGAGGCCUAUGCCCAAUCACUAUUGUCGCGCAUUCAAGAACGCGAUGCCACCGUCAAGGCAUGGGCAUACCUCGACCCAGAGCAGGUCCUUGCGCAAGCCAAACAGCUCGACCAGAUCCCGCCUGAGAAGCGCGGCCCGUUGCAUGGCGUCAGUGUAGCUGUCAAGGAUGUCAUCCAUACAAAGGACAUGCCCACGCAGUACAACUCGGCCAUCUACGAAGGCUUUGCGGCUGGUGUCGAUGCUGGCUGCAUCCAGAUCCUCAGGAACGCAGGCGCGUUGCUUUUGGGCAAAACGACGACCACAGAGUUCGCCGCGACGACAGUUGGACCAAAGACGUGCAACCCGCAUGACCCCUCGAGAACACCUGGGGGCUCUUCCUCGGGAUCCGGCGCGGCGGUCGGCGACUUCCAGGCCGCAGUUGGGCUGGGGACACAGACUGGCGGCUCCACGAUCCGGCCUGGCUCUUUCAAUGGCAUCUACGCGAUGAAGCCGACAUGGAACUCGAUUACUCGAGAAGGACUGAAGAUUUACUCGCUGCUCUUUGACACGCUCGGGCUCUAUGCCCGGAGUGUCGAGGAUCUCGACCUCCUGGCGAAUGUCUUUGCGGUCGCCGACGACGAGUCCCCCGACAACAACAGCCCCAGUUUCGAGGUCAAGGGAGCCAAGUUCGCCAUGCUCAAGACAAUGGUCUGGUCGAACGCGGGGCCCGGCACGAUCGCGGCCAUGGAGAAGGCGGCAGGCCUGUUGCGCCAGCACGGCGCCGAGGUCGAGGAGAUUGAGCUCCCACCCAAUUUCGACGAGGCGCCCCAGUGGCACCGCACCGUACUGCACAGCGAAGGCCGCGUCUCGUUCCUGCCCGACUACCAGACGGACAAGGACAAGCUAGACGGGUUCCUCACCGGCCACGUCGACAACGAGCACAAGAUCACCCGGCGGCAGCAGCUCGCGGCGUGGGACGGGCUCGCGACGCUGCGGCCCAAGAUUGACGAGAUCGCUGGGAGGUAUGCGGCCAUUGUGACGCCGAGCGUGCCGGACGAGGCGCCGCUCGGCCAGAAGUCGACGGGCAGCGCGUGCUUCAACAGCAUUUGGACGGCGUUCCACACCCCGGUGGUCAAUGUUCCUGGUUUCCAAGGUGAGCAUGGAAUGCCCAUUGGGCUCUCACUGGUCGGGCCGCGGUAUGAAGACCGCCGCCUGCUUAGGGUCGCCAAGGCUGUCGGCAGUGUCUUUGAAAAGGAAGGUGGAUGGACGCGGCAAUUGUAAGCGUGUGUGAUAGAGCGUGCCGAGCCGGGAACCAUAGAAGAAUCAAGAAGCUCGUCGUGUAUUGUUGGAAAUGCCCAGAAC